GGAAGCUCUGUGUUUUGUAGAACUCUUGAAGGCUCUCCUCCUUGUCCUUCCACUGCUGGCAAAGCCAUUGUCUGUAGCCGACUUCGUCCAGAGGCAGCGACUCAAUGGCAUGUCUGGAAAACGUUGAAGCGUUUUUUAGGCAAUCUUUUUUCACCAAGUGGAGAGGGAUGAGAUUUCACAUUGAUCUUGGAAAAUUACCUAUAUGGUGUAGGGUGACUUGGAAUGAUUACCAUAUGUUCUGUGUGAGUGAGACGCACAAAAUCGAAGGAUAUUGGGAGUAUGUAACGAGUUAUGUUGAAGAGUCUUCGUAUCGAGCAUUUAUCCAGACUGAUUCAAGCGAAGAGCAUGAAGAGCUGGACUGGCCAUUAGGGGCGAACAAAAGAUGCAAGCUGGAAAUAUACAGAGAGAGGAGGCUUGCAAACAACGAACCGAUCGUUCGCACUACACCACGUCACAUUGAAAACUACAGAAACAGACACGGCUUACCUCUAGUUUGGACUCCACUAGGCCCCGACGAUGUGCCGCACCAGCUUCCCACCACUCCACAGACCUGCGAGCUGAUGUACGACUCCGACGACUCGACCAAAAUGCAGGAAUAUGCUGAAUCGAGUGAUGACGACCAUGACGAGAGUGAUGAGGAAGAGCAGUAGAACAGCAGUUACGCAGUCGGUUUCCGACAUGACAUUCACCUCGCUGUUCGAAACAAGGACAUGUCCAGUUUUUACUUUUAGUGGACGCCACUAAACCAUCGAAAAUGUUAUUUUCUUCGUGUAUUGUUACCAAUUCGCUUUGUUAACUCCCAAUUUUAAUUUUUUACCAGUUAAAUGCUGAAUAGUCUAUAUAUAUGUCUAAAACUCAUGCUGUUGAAGUGCUUUUAAAUAUUUAAUGCCUUGUUAAUUUUAGCUCUGUCUGAAUUUAAAUAAUUGUUUUAACAAAAUAUGACUGUUAAUGUUUGAUAAAUAAUACAAAAAUUUAAUUUGAAAUUUGUAGCUCAAAGCAAAGAGCUGGUUUGUUGUGUUAACCAGUGCUGAAAAAAUUCUUAAAACUUGCAAUGUUACAAAGCUGUGGGAGGAACUUUUAAUUUUUAAUCACUUAAUGAUAUAUUUUCUUGACGACCAGUC